AUGGGCGUUCUUCGGUUGAUUCCCCUCCUGUGCCUCGCCUUGGGCGAGCAUUGCUCGGAGAGUUCCGACAAGGCCUCGCUACUCCAGACGAAGGCACUCGUUGGGGAGGAGGCUCAGUUGUCAAAGUCUCUGAGUCUUCUCCCACCACGCACUCUCCACUACAGUCGCUUCCGACGCCGCCGCCACAAGGGGCUUCUGCCGUUCGUCUACAUCCGGAUCAAUGUCGCCGUCGAUGACUCCAACAGAGAGGAUGUGCUGACCAAGCUGCGCGAGCAAGAGACGGAGUUCUUCAUCAAUUUCUUUGCAGGAAUCAUCUACGCCAAUGGCGUACCUUACAAGGCGAACUUGCGUAUUCUGAAGACGACGUCUACGCAGGUUCAGUUCCAGGUCGGGUUUAUUCCGGACCUCCGGUUCAAGUUUGGCGUGGUGGAUCCAAAGGCAACGCUACGAGCAACAGUUUGGGAGUUGGACCGUCUUCUCCGGGGCCCUGAAGACAACGUUGUGCGCACCGUGCGCUACAACGGCGGGGUGGUCGGCGGCUUCUUCUUCGAGGGCCGUCUCUUGGUGCAAGCCGCCAACGUGUCCUAUGGCAAGCCGCUCUUGUGGUACGUCAAGGCGGACUCCCCAGCAUAUGGAUAUGGACAUUACGGACACGGAAGCACCAACUUCCUGCCUGCCAACGUCAGCUUUCAAGGCAACGCUUUCGUCUGGGAACUGAGAAGGACCUAUUUGACCACCUUCCAAGGCCACUUAUGCCUUCCUUUCCGCCUCGGUGGACGACAGCUGCAGACACCUCGAGGAACGAUUUGUCGCGAUGAUGGACCUAGCGCGGCGCGACAACAAGUACCUGUAAAGGCCAGGGCAGUGGAUGCCAAGAAAGUCAAGAAAGGCUUUUGGGAGAGGCUGUUGGUGUGUGGCUGUCUGUGCUGGGCCCAAACUCCAAUUUGGUCCUAG